AUGGCUUCUCCGUCGAGAAUUCCAUCGGAUCAACCUCCCAGGUCCUCGUCACCUUCGAGCUUCCGACCCCGAUCGAUUUCCGCUUCGGUCCCUCGAGCAGAUUUGACGGCGCGUCUUGCUUCUCCCAUUCCAUCACAGAUGGGAACUACACCUCCUGUUGGGGGGACCCCUCGCCCUGAUGCUUCGCGUGCCGAUAAUCUUGAGGAACUGAGCCAGUUGCCCGGAACCGGGACCAGUAUGCAAGGUCCUGGUGUGUCUGCUCUUGCUGCGGCCCUCUCCAACUCUUUGGGACAAUCUCCUCCACGCCACGGUACUCCUGCUGCUCGCGUUGGUACUCCUCCAAUCCGUUCGCAAUCUCCUCUCUUGGGUGCUCGGAACUCGGGGACACCGACCAACUAUGGCUCCUUCAACUCACGCUCUCAAAAUGCGCUGGGCACUAGCGCACCUUAUGAGGACCCUGAGAUCGUUAAGCGCCAUCUAGUUCAACCUACGGAUGAGAACCCGACUUCGGAAGAGUCCUCGAUCCAGGGUAACACAAAGGGCAAGCAGCCAGCUGAGAUUGGCGGUGCUGGCUUGAAUGAUGACGAAUUCUCAAGUUUGCGCCUGCAGGGCGGUGAUGUUACUCGAGGUAUCUACAAGUGGACUGAGCAGGCCGAAGCACGAGCAAAAUACAACCGCAGCAAGAGUUUCGAUCUUGGACGACCCGAGCCCGAAACGGACGUACUCGACAUCAACUCGAUAAAGGUCCCUGGUGGUUUCCGCAGAAAUCAUCUUCGCCGGUCCGUGCAAAGCCCAGGCCCCCAUGGCCACCUCGAGGACGGCCAUAACUCUCCAGCACCCGGUCAGCAAAGAUUGUUCACGUCGAGUUUCCUCGAAUUCUUGUCGAUCUAUGGACAUUUCGCCGGUGAAGAGCUCGAGGAGGAUGACGAAGACUUGGGUCCGAACGAGUACUUCUCAUCUGGAGAAGACACCGACGAAUACAAUUCCGAUGAUGAACGAGAGCCCAUGGAAGACAGUGCCCUGUUGACACCGUCAAGGCGCAGACGUAAGCGCAAGGUCCGAGGUGGCAGCGGCAACAAUAGUCCUUUUAACGCAGCUCUACUGUUGCUCAAGUCCUUUGUUGGUACUGGUGUCCUCUUCCUGCCCCGAGCCUACCUCAACGGAGGUAUGCUAUUCAGCAACAUGAUCCUCUUUGGUGUCGCCGCCCUCAGCUACUACUGUUUCGUUCUUCUUGUCAAGACGCAGCUCAAGGUUGGUGGUUCUUUUGGUGAUCUGGGUGGUGCUUUGUAUGGCAAGAAAAUGCGCACUCUCAUCCUGGCCUCCAUUGUCAUCAGCCAGAUUGGUUUCGUGGCAGCUUACACUGUCUUUACGGCUGCCAACUUGCAGGCUUUUGUAAGGGCUGUCUCCGACUGCAAAUCCUCCAUCAGCAUCCAGUGGCUCAUCCUUAUCCAAAUGAUCAUCUUCUUGCCUUUUGCUCUUCUGCGAGACAUUGGAAAGCUGGCAUUUACUGCUCUGGUCGCAGAUGCUUUCAUCCUGAUUGGUUUGGCUUAUCUUCUCUACUACGAUAUCUUGACUCUUAACCAAAAUGGUAUUGCCGAUAUCAUUAUGUUCAACAAGAAGGAUUGGACUCUGUUUAUCGGAACUGCCAUUUUCACGUUUGAAGGCAUCGGUCUUAUCAUUCCCGUCCAGGAGUCGAUGCGACAUCCUGAGAAGUUCCCUCGCGUUCUUCUCAUUGUCAUGAUCAUCAUUACAGUCCUCUUCAUCGGCAUGGGUGCCAUCUCAUACGCCGCUUACGGAUCCCACACCGAGACCGUUGUCCUGCUCAACUUGCCUCAGGAUAACAAGAUGGUCAACGGUGUUCAAUUUCUGUACUCUGUUGCCAUCUUGCUGUCCACACCACUGCAGAUCUUCCCUGCCAUCCGUAUUGCCGAGACAGAGCUUUUCACUCGCAGUGGCAAGUACAACCCGUGGGUUAAGUGGCAGAAGAACGUUUUCCGUUUCUUUGUUGUGAUGCUGUGCGCAUCUAUUGCUUGGCUCGGAGCCGACCAUCUGGACAAGUUUGUUGCGCUUGUUGGUAACUUUGCCUGCAUUCCUCUUGUCUUUAUCUAUCCUCCUAUGCUUCACUACAAGGCCAUUGCCCGUACGAAGUUUUGGAAAGCUGCCGAUAUCCUACUCUGCAUCUUUGGAUUCGUCGCAAUGGCGUAUGCGACAACUCUUACUGCGAUGAGCUGGGCCACUGCUGAACCCAAGCACCCCGGGUACUGCGAUCAGAAGGGAGCCCCAGGAUUUUAA